AUGGCAUUCCAUGCCCCAGCAGCACUGAAUACACAUCAGACCUGUUUGAAUGAUCAUCCGGCUAUCACCAUAGUAGACAAAUCUGGUGUUCACUCUGUAUCCAUAUCAUAUUGCCAGUGCCCCGGUGCUCCCACCCGGGAUAUUCAGCUCUUUCAAGCAGGCUUGUUUCCAGCAUCAUUUACCAGACCAAAAACUGCAUUCACAUUCUCUGUCUUGGACGACUUUCUGCUCAACAACCUCGAAUGUGGUACAUCGGCCAUGAAUUACUAUAGUAAGAUCUGGAGGCUGACCUCAAGCGUCUUUCCAUUGAUGGUUCCGGUCAGUUGUCAUUGUCUGCACUCGGUCAUCCGGCAGUGGCAUCAAUGCAAGCUUUACAAGUGGCAUGGGUUUGCACACAAAAGCGAUGAGCCAAAGGCCAGUGACCUCGCCCUGUUUUGCCCAGUAUGUCCUCAACCAGGGAUAAACUUGGACCUGACGAUCAGUACAUCCACCCGGCCAGACAACACACCUUCAUGGCUAUUCACCAGGACUUUAGUCAUGGAUGGUAAUUUCAAAGCUGAGCACCUCCAUCCAGUGAAUCCAUCCAAUGAAGUAUCAUUGAUGGACGGUCUUGCAUUUAUGAUUGGAGAUGAAAGAUACAAGAACUGUGUCCAAAGAUCAGAUUGCAACAAUCACCUUGUAGUCAAUCAAGCAAAUGCCUCAAGGCAAAGGCUUGAGGCCACUGGUAUAGGAGGAUGUGCAUGUGCACGGCAUGGAUGUUUUGUCCCACAUUCCAUGGUGGAUUUUCAGAAGGGUGAAAGGUAA